AUGAGGGAUCAGGUAGACCAGCUGGCCACCAUCACGGUUUUGGGAGUCCUGGAGCAAGCCUAUUUUGCACUGCAGGUGAUCUAUGCCCGUCGGAAGUACAAGAUCUCCCCUCCUGAAACAACAGGUCACCCUGAGUUUGAGCGGAUCUUCAGAGCUCAGGCAAACUGCUCAGAGUACUUCCCAAUCUUCAUUUCGCUCCUCUGGAUUGCUGGAAUCUUCUUCCAUCAAGGUGUGACUGUGGCAUGUGGGCUGCUGUACCUCUACACCCGCCUCAAGUACUUCCAGGGAUACGCUGUGGCUGCACAGGGACGCUUGGGACCAAUGUAUGCCAGUGCCUUGCUGCUCUGUCUGCUGCUGGGGCUGGCAAUGGCUGGGCUCCUGGCACACUUCCUGCAGCCCCACUCCUCCACAUGAAUGGCAGCACUGGCACAGCCCCUCCAGCAACACAAUUUCACCUUCCACUGUGAACUUGGGGUUGACAGGUGA